GCAGAAAGUGGCCUGGAGUCAUGUGGUUGUGGGACACGUGAUUGUAUUUGAAGUUUAAUUCCGGGAGAAGAAGCAACGAUGGGUCUGCCGGUGAUUAAUCUGAAGAUGAUCAUCACUGUGCACUGGCUCCUUACAACCUGGGGCUGUUUGUCUUUCUGGCUUCCACAACCAUACAUCUGGAGUAAUUAUGCUGUUCUGGCCAUUGGGGUUUGGGCCAUUGCUCAGAGAGACUCUGUUGAUGCUCUUGCCAUGUACCUGAUUGGGAUGGUAAUAACAAUCCUCCUGGACAUCAUCCACAUUGCAGUCAACUAUGAGCGUGCAGCUGAUGUCCAGAUUGACAGCAGUAGGGACCAAUUCCGUUUCAGUGUUGGCAUGGCGAUUUUGAGCCUACUUCUGAAACCAGUUUCUUGUCUCUUUGUGUAUCAGAUGUACAAGGAGCGAGGGGGCGAUUGCAAUCUAAACAUUGGUUUUCCCGAUUUAACUCGUAGUCGAGAUCGAACUUCAUACCAGACCAUUGGUGAGCAGGAGCCUCACCGCCCACCUUCUACUUCCUCAGAGGCAAAGAUUACUGUCCCAGGCUAUUAACUUAGUUUAAUAUGCUACCAAAAGAAAACUUGUAUAAACAUCUUGUGCCUUAGAUUCAGUAACCACCUGAUUCUGAAUGUUGCGUGUGUGCUUUGGUCAAAUUGUCAGUGUUCGGUGCCUGGACCUCUGUUUAUGUCAUCCAGAUGGUAACAUUACAAUAAUGACCAUCCACAAAAAAAGCAAUCUUGUCUGUGACAAUACCAUCUGGAGUUGAAGAUUGCAGAUUGGAACAUCAUAAGAAAAAUUCUUAUCCUGGUGAAUUCAAAUGUGGCAAUUAGGUCACAAUUGAAUAACUUACUUUCAGGGCAUUACAGAUUUGAUUAAAUUAAAGCUCUUGUAAGUCUCUCUGAGGUUUAGAGCCAGUGCUUGCUGUAGUUAUACUUGGCAUUAAUGACUAAAGGGUUGAAGAUGAUUUGCCUCAUUCCUUUAUGAAAAGGCUUUGGAAUAGCAGACAUGACUGCUGUCGCCUAUGUAAUUUUUCUAAGUUUACUAACAUACCUUUCUUUGCGGAUAAUGGAUCUUCAGUGUAAUGGAAUGUAAUAACAAUGAGCUACAGAGCCUGGUUCGUACCAAACAUAGACACAAAAUGCUGCAGUAACAUAGCAUCAACAUAACGUAGGUCAGGUAGAAUCCCAGGAGAAAAUGGACAGUUGUAAUUUCAGGUUGGGACCCAUCUUCAGUCUGAAGAAAGAUCCCGACCCGAAACGUCACUUGUCCAUUUUCACCGGAGAUGCUGCCUGAACUGCUGAGUUACUCCAGCAUUUUGUGUCUAUCUUGAGUGUAAUGGAUCCUGGUUGGAAAGUAGUGGGAGGAGGUUGUGGUACGCUGUAUAUGAAAAAUAUUCAGGAGGUGAGCAGCUUUUGCUGUUUAAUAUUGAAGUUCCUUUAUUAGCAGGUUUAAAUGUGGCCAAUUGCACCCUUGAAUAUAAUUGAUUCAGUUAAACAACAUUCAAUUAAUAGCAUUAACAACAGAAAAUGCUGGAAAAAACAGUACAUUAGGCAGCAUCUGUGCAAAGAGAAAUAGUCAACAUUUCGGAUCUGAGACCAGUGUUUAGCUUUUUGUGAUGGUACACUGCGCCAGCACCUCUAAGUUUAAAAACUAGAUUGGUGUACUGCAGCCAACAGCGCUGUAUGAACUAUUAUAUGUAUAACUGUUAGAUGUCUAUUAAAAAAAAAUGUAUAAAGACCCUUUGUCGGAAUCAGCUGAUGGGGAUUUAUCUACCUGCAAAUCGCUGCAAGAGUGAUAUAAAUCAGUUUCUGAAACAUGGUUGUUUAAAAAUUGUACUAACAUUGAACAAUAAGUUUUGUAACUUCUGUAAUUUUGCCUUGAUAAAUAUAAUCUCUCCCAAGAUUGGGUAGAGUAUAAUACUGAUUUGAAUCGGAAUACUGUUAACAAUGUUAUGGUCCCAGGAUUUAGCCCGAGGGGUUUCAGGAAUCAUAUAGUUGUGAUACCAAGUGACUUCUCUCUCCAAGAAAGUAGCAACUUGCCAUUUUAUAAUUGAAGGUCUGGAUUCCACACAGUAACAUUGGUAGAAAUCAUAUAACUCUCCCAUUUCAUGAAGGUGUGGAAUCAGUAAUAAUACUGCAGUAAAGGAGAGGGACUCAUUCCCUCCAAGACAUUUCCUGUCCACGAGAAGAUGGGGCUUGGAUUAUGUUUACAUUUUGAACAUAAAUAUGUAGUGUAAAAUAUUAAAGUAAUUGACUUUAAAAAGCUGAAACUUCUUAUUUUGUAUAAUUGCUUAUUUAUACAUGUAACUGGCGAGCACCAGUGCAUGCAAAUAUCAAGGAUUCGCUGUAUUGUUUGUUGAAAAUGGCAUACGGUGAAUGAUAAUUUCCAUAAUAGCCAUUCUUCCAUUCCCACAUUCAGUUGGUUGCUGUUCUCAAUAAGUAAUCUUAUUGCUGUGCAACCAAGAAACCCGGUAUCAGUAUAGGCCUUGGUAUUUCUGGCUGAACAUUUAAUUCCAAAUCCCAAUGUGUAAUUCAGUUCUAUUUUGUGCCAUUUAUUCUGAAUUGACUACCUUUUUUUUGCAUACUUAUUGUUAAAUACAUUAUUAUUGCCAAUAAACUUGAUUAAACUCA